AUGGUUCAUGAUCUUUUUGAGAACACAUGCUUGAUUCUAGAAAAUGUCCGAGUUUUUUUGCCACCUCGUCUUGCUGGAUAUCCCUUGGGAAAAGCAGUGGGUAGGCUAAAGGAUGUGCGGCACCUUGGCGGAAAGCGUGAGGGAAAUGGACUGUACAGCCCCUAUCUAGCUGCUCCGACACCACUAAUCAGCCUGGAAAAGCACUGCGGGUGCAAGUCCCGGGGAGGAGGGAGCUGUGUAUUCGACACGUUUGCAAUUCAAUCCCGACCCUGGAAAGGCAGUUUGCAAAACCGCUGGGCUCCGAGGGGCAGGGCUGAAGCUGCGGCGGCCUCUCUGCGGCUCGGCCCCUCCGGGAGAGCCACGACGUCCUCUGCCUGCGAGAAGGGGCGAGGGGAAGUCAACAGAUGUGGGCCGUACAGAAAUCCGUGGAACAAGUGCUUUAAACCCAGGGGGAUUUCUCCUAAUAGCGAAAUCAGAGGGAGACAGAUUUCGGGAAAGAGAAUACCCCGAUAUAAGUUUCUGGAGUGGGAAUUCACAUUUCAUCCCCAUUUCUAUUUUAUAAAUACGCGGCCACGUGCGCCCGGGGGGCGUUCCGCUGGAACCGCGUUUCUGCUCCAGCGGCGGGGCAGUCCCCGCAAUCCGGCUCCUCCGAGCGCCGGGAGCUGGACUCCUCCCGCAGCGGGGAGUCUCGGCCGGCUCCGCGGGGGCGGAGGGCGCACGGCUUCCUCCAGACCCUCCCCCGAAGACCCCAGGCCUCCCUCGGCGCCAGGCCCUGCUGGCGGCUCCGUGGUCGUGGCUGGGGCCGCCUGCGCCAGCCCUUCGCCCGGCAGCUGCCCCAGGGACCCCGCCGAACCACUGCGGGCUUCCCCCCACGGCUUUUACCGGCCGCAGCCCCAGGCGCACGGAGAGGGGGAGGGCAGGAGGCGGCGGAGCCGGGGCCGCGCCACAGGAGAGCCCGGGAAGAUGGACGCCCCAGUGGAGGACCCGGAGGGGGAAGCCGGGUGGGUUCCGUGGCCCCACCGAGAAAUCGCUUUGAAGUGCGGGAGCCCCCGGGGGCCCAGCAGGCAACCGCGCCGCCCCGUUCGGCCGCGGGGAGCCGCUCCGGGAGCGGCGGAGCCGGGCCAUAGUGGCAGGGAAAAGCUUGUGGCGCCGGGCAAGAUGGCGGCCCGAGGCGCGCUGUCCCCCGGGCCCGCCGCGCAGGGGCCGCCCCGCCGCAGAGCAGGCCCAGAGCCCGGCUGGGCUCCUGCGCCUCGGCACUGCGCUACUCACUUUAUAUAUAUAUAUACACAUAUAUAUAUUUAAU